AUGAACGCUUUUCUAACACUUACAUCUAUCAUUAUUGGAUGUAGUACUGUGCAAUGUGAUCGGGGCACAGUGUCGGAUCUCAGUGAUGAUACAUUUGAAAUGCUCAUUGCUGGUGGAAGUCUACCUGAUAAUGGCCAGCUUGCCAGGCAUGUGGUGUCCAUUCGAACCCUAAACAUCAUUGAGUAUGCGGGCGACAAUCAUUUCUGUUCGGGCGUCAUAAUCAGCAGCCGGACCAUCCUCACAGCUGCCCAUUGCGUUGCAGACAGGUACAUGGCGCUUAUGAGUCCUCGCAGGAUAAUUGUGGUCUUCGGCACGCUGUAUAGGCUGAAAAGUUUAUCGUUACAAGAUCGCCGUCGCGUCGACCGCAUAGUUGUGCAUCCCAAGUAUAAGAGGUAUGUGAAAAACGACUUGGCUGUGUUGCGUUUGGUGGAACGAAUACCUCGCAAUGUGCGCCACGUCAAGUCCGUGGUGAAGCGGAAACCCUUUGCGCUAGAGAUCGGCAUGCGCUGCACAACCAUGGGCUGGGGCCAAAUGUUCAUGCACGGCCCUUAUGCAAAUGAAAUAAUGUUCCUGGAUGUUGUGAUAGCCAAUCAUAGUCUCUGCAGCGAGAAAAUAAGAGACUACCACGCGGAGGGUAAUUUAUGCACAAAACCGGAGGCUGACGGAAAUAUUUGCGCCGGCGAUAUGGGCGGUCCCUUGCUAUGCGAGGACCACUUGGUGGGCAUCAUCGGUGGAGCUCAGCAAUGCAUUCGUGUUGACGCCAUUAAAUUCGUAAACUACACGUAUUUCGAAGGCUGGGUUGAUCGCACAGUUUAUCAGCUAACAGGAGCUGCGGCGUUCCACAAUCUAGCGAUAUAUCUAUUAAUUAGUCAAGUCAUGUAG